AUGGAUGCAGCGCUGUUCAUAUCAACUGCACUUGCCGAUGAUCUGGCUAAUGAAUUUAAAAAUUUCAAUACUACCGCUUCCGAAUGUAAUGUACUACCGCUAUGGAAUGUAAUAAUUAAUGGUAGCAUUGUUGAUUGUUGCGAUGAGUACCAAGAUACUGGUGUCUUUGUCGGUCCAAGUAGAGAGGGGCUCCCGGACAUAAGCGGUGUUGACAUAGACUCACUUCAGUUCCCACUGUACGUUCAUUGUCACUUUUUUGUGAAGGCUCCUGAAGAUGUUGAAGACAACUGGUACAAGGAGGAGGCUCGAAAUUUGGUGCGCGCAAGUCUUGGGUAA